AUGGACGUGCUUGGCAGCGUGAAGGUGAAGCAAGUGACGCCCGUCUCCGAGAAGCAGGCCGCCAAGACGCUCGAGAAGUUCCUCGCCACGCACCACGACGAGCUCGAAGCGGACAAGCUCAACCUCCAGCUCAUCCUCGAGCACCUCCAGAAGCAGUAG